AUGGGCUCCCGGCUGAGCCGGCAGAGCAGCCUGGAGGAGGAGAGCGGCGAGGAGCCCUGCCCCGGCAGGCUGGAGAGCGGCCGGGGCGACUUCCACCUCUCCUCCCUGCUCCUGCACCCGCAGAAGCUGCCCGGGGUGCUGCGGAAAGCCUCGCCCGCGCCCUACGUGCGGCGGGUGGGGUGGCUGCGGGAGAUCCAGGCCACCAUCCGGGAGCACAAGCGGGAGCACGCCGUGCACAUCCUCCGGCUGCUGAGGAAGGACCUAGGACUGGAAGGAACAUUUCUCAAUGAAGUGCUCUACAAAAAUGCAACUUUCCUCAACUUGGUGGAUCCAAUCUCCCAUGACCUGCUGAUGAGCCUUGCUAGAGAUCUGCAAUGUCCCAAAAAGGAAUAUGACCCCUGGAAAUCCUCAGACAGGAUCUGCAGGCAGCUGAUUUACCACCUGACCCCGCACUCAAAAUGGCACCGGCACGGGAUGCCCCGCAGGAAGUCCCAAGUGUGCCUGAAGACCAGCCUGCAGAAGAAGGUGAGCCAGGACUCCAUGGAUUUGUCAGGGAUCCCCCUGACCAUGCGGGAUGUCCACCGCAUGGCCUACUACCUGCAGAACAACGGGGACCACCUCACCUCGGUGGACCUGAGCUUCACGGAGCUGAACGAUGACAUGGUGCGCCUGCUGCUGCCCUUCCUCUGGGCGCUCCCCAAACUCACUCACCUGUCCCUCAACGGCAACCGGCUGACGCGGGCGACCAUGAAGGAGCUGACUGACACCAUGAAGGACAUGAACAAGUUCCCUUGCCUGGCCUGGGUUGACCUCGGCAACAACGUGGACGUGUCCUCCAUGCCGCAGCCGCUGCUCGUGGGCCUGCGCAAGCGCCUCAGCCAGCAGACCACGCUGCCGACCAUCUAUGAGGCGCUUGACUGCGACUCUGAGAUCACCGGCGGGCACGAGGGCAGCCAGCCAGAGGAUGAAGCAGCCGGAAGCACCCCGCCACGUGCUUUUUCUCAGCAGGGCUGCGAGAGGUGA